AUGGCCGGCGAGCGCAUGGGCCGCAGCUUCGAGACGUAUCGCCUGGUGCCGCCCGCGCAGCAUCCACCGAGCGUCUACGACGGCUAUGAGGGCAGCUUCGACGGCCGCGGGGCCGCCGUCGGCGCCUUCUCGCUGCUCAACGGCGACCGCGCGGGCUACGGCACCACGCUGAGCCGCAACGACAAGGACUCGACCGGAGACCUGACGCCGCCCUGGCCGCCCUCGGUGGCCAUUCCCGUGUCGUUCUCCGCGUCCAACAAGCUCUCGAACUGGCAGACGUUCUACCACCUGCUGUCGUUCAUCACGGGCACGGGGAUGCUGUGUCUGCCGCUGGCGCUCGUGGAGAUCAACUGGUACGGCGUGCUGCUGCUCGUCGCGGCGGCGGCCGUGAGCGCGUACACGUCCAAGCUGCUGGUGGACGCGCUGGAGACUGUGCGCUGGCUGAGAGGCACCAGCGUCUCGUUCAGCGACCUCGGGCAGGAGUGCUUUGGCGCUGCCGGCAAAGUGGUCACGAGCAUGCUGGUGCACGCGUCAUUUCUGAUUCUGUCCACGGGCUACUUGGCGCUGGCGUCUUCGUGUCUCGUGGAUGUGCUUGGGCUGCAGUUCGGCACUGUGAUGAUGCUGGUGGCCGUGUGCGUGUGGUUUCAAGUGCUGGUGCCGUCGCUCAAGGCGCUGGCGGUGCUGUCGGCAGUGAACGUCGCCGUCAGCUUCUGGAUCGAGUCGGUCAUUCUCGGCGACGCCAUGUACCCGCUGAAGCAGAUUGCGCUGGAGCACUCCGACUUUGUAUUCGUGACGCCCGACCUAUCGAAUGUGACGAUGAUGGGGAAGCUCUCGUACACGUUCUCUCUGCUGCUUGGCGCGCUGUUCGGCCACUCGCUCAUCCCUACGUUGUAUGACGCGAUGGCGAAUCCGAGCCAAUGCAGCUCUGUGGUGGCGCGCACGAAGCUGGGGGCCACCGCGUUACUGUAUCUGCCCAUUUGCUGCGUCACAUACGCCGUGUACGGUGCGACGUUGCAGGCGCCGGUCUUUUUCAACAUGCGCAACGCUGUGGUGCGCAACUUGGCCAUCGUGCUGUACAGCAUCCACCUGCUGCUGUCGUACACGAUCACCUUAUUCCCUCUGCAGCGCGCGUUCGAGCGGUGGAUCGUGCAGCCUCCGAGCGGAAGUGGCCGUAGCAGCCCAGUGGAAGCCGCCGCCGCCGCAGGGGCGCUGCCUUUCGUGACCUCCAGCCCCGCGGCAGCAAGCGACCAAGAAGGAAGGUGCGGCGGAGUGGAGACCACCGCGCGCGUGCUCUGCCGGACCAUUCUGGUGCUCACCACUCUCUUCCUGGGGUAUUUCACAGCUCCCAGCACGCUGGACGUGUUCGCGUGGAUGCUCGUGCCCACGGCGCUCCUGGCGCUGGUUCUCCCCUCCGUUUUCUAUUGGCAGCUGUGCAGCGAGGACGCCACCCGAAUGGACCGCAUCGCCACCGUUGCGAUCAGCGUGGUCGGUAUCAUCACCGCGUUUUGGAGCCUGGCAGUGAUCGUGGAGUGUUAG